GGGGAGUAAUGGCGACGCUGGACGAAAACAGCCGCCGCCGCCGGAGAGCCAGUUGUCCGCCUUGUCGUUAUGAGGCGGAGCCCACCGUCGACGCGUCCGUGAGCAACGUCGAGCUUCGGGACAAGGACAGGCGGGCCGUGGCGGCUCAUUAAGACCACAAGACCGGAGCGGGCUGCUGGUAAGCAGUGGAGGUGGAGAGGGGGGAGUGAACGCGUGUGAUCGGACAGUAUGGCCGCCCAGGAGCCUUCGCCUCCCUCGUCCAUGGAGAGCAACAAGCCGGGCUUCCCCAAGAAGAUCCUGGGCAACAAGCUGGAGGACAAGCACCUGUGCAAGUGCUGCCACAACAUCCUGAGACGACCCUUCCAGGCGCAGUGCGGCCAUCGCUUCUGCUCGUACUGCUUCAACCUGGCCAUCAGUAACGGACCACAGAAAUGCAACGCUUGCAUCAAGGAGGACAUUUUCGAAGAGGCCACGUCAAUCCUGAAACAAGGAUGUGCUUUUCCCGACAACGCCGUCCGGCGGGAAGUGGAAAACCUCACGGCUGUCUGCGUAAACGAAAGCUGCUCUUGGAGAGGAUCUGUCAAAGAUUACGAGCUGAACCACGAGGGCAAGUGCGAGUUCAUGAUCGUCCCGUGCCCCUCCUGCAAGGAGCGCAUUCGCUUCAACGAGCAGGAGCGGCACAGCGAGCGCGAGUGCCCGGAGAGGACGCUCAACUGCAAGUACUGCAAGGAACCCUUUCACUUCAAGAACAUCAAGGCCCACGAUGAGAUUUGCCCCAAAUACCCGAUGAUCUGUGAAGGCUGCGCCAAAAAGAAGAUACCAAGGGAGAAGUACGUGGACCACAUCAAGUACUGCAGCAAAUUCAGGAUGCCGUGUCGCUUUCACGUCGUGGGCUGUGACAUGUCGGUGGAGAAAGAGAAGACCCACGACCACGAACGCGCGUUUGCCUACGAGCACCUCAACUUGCUGCUGCACUACAUCAUGGGCAUGAAGGUGAGCAUGGAGGGGCUGCAGCCGCAGGGUCUGGAGGUGGCGGGGCACAAACUGCUGGAACUGCAGCAGUCCCUCAGGGAACUGGAGGCCCGGGUCUCCCAGCUCAGCACCACCUCCUCCUCCUCCGGGCCUCCCGUGCAGGGAGCCGCCGCCUCCUCGUCCUCCGGCUCGGGCCCGCUGGUCCUGGCUCCCCUGCCCCCGCCUCCCGGCCUGGCCCCCGCCCUGUCCGUGUCUACCUCCUUCACGCCCCUGCCCAGCUCGGUGGGCGCGGCCCUGGAGCUGCAGCUCCACAGCGAGAAAACCAAGGUGGCCGAGCUGGGCCGCCGCUGCACCGAGCUGGAGGUGAAGACGGGCACCUUUGAGAACGUGGUGUGCGUCCUGAACAGAGAGGUGGAGCGCUUCGCCACCACCAUGGAGGCCAGUAACCGCCAGCACAAGCUGGACCAGGACAAGAUCGAGGCUCUGAGUAACAAGGUGCGGCAGCUGGAGAGGACGGUGGGCCUGAAGGACCUGACGGUAGCGGAGAUGGAGGGUCGGCUAAGGGAAAUGUCCGCCACGACGUUCGACGGCGUCUUUGUGUGGAGGAUCUCCGAUUUUGUCAAAAAGAGACAGGACGCUGUCGCUGGUCGAGCCCCCGCCAUGUUCUCGCCAGCUUUCUACACCAGCAAAUAUGGCUACAAGAUGUGUCUGCGGAUCUAUCUGAACGGGGACGGGACAGGGCGCGGCAGCCACUUGUCCUUGUUCUUUGUGGUGAUGCGGGGACUCAGCGACGCGUUGCUCAAGUGGCCCUUCAACCAGAAGGUGACCCUUAUGUUGCUGGACCAGAGCAACCGGGAGCACAUCAUAGACGCCUUCCGGCCCGACGUCACCUCGUCGUCCUUCCAGCGGCCCGUGAGCGAGAUGAACAUCGCCAGCGGCUGCCCGCUCUUCUGCCCGCUCUCCAAGCUAGACGCCAAAAACUCUUACAUCCGCGACGACACCAUCUUCAUCAAGGCCAUCGUGGACCUCACCGGGCUCUAGAGGGGGCGGGGCCACACCAGGUGUUCAGUUUUGACAAGCGGACCGGGGUCUUCAUUUUGACUCCGAGGUAAUCCCUCCGGGGCGCAGCUAUAGCGUCCUUCUGCCGCUUUGGGGAGUUACAGACGUGUGCCCGGGCGCCGCUGUUGUUGCGGCGAGAAUGUCCGUCACCCACUGUUUGUUUCCGGCGCGGCAAUAUUAUCUUAAGUGCGUCGCAGGAGGACACCGACGGGACGGCGAGGACCGAGGAAAGUCGCGUGUCGGGUGCGGGUUUAUCAUCGCAACGGCAGCUAAUUCGGGGGUGGUGAGGUCUUCUGCUUCUUCGUCUUGAGAUUGUCGGUGUCGUGAGCCUCUCUGGUCUCGUGUUGAGUACAUUUGCAUAGACAAACGUGGAGUUAUGUGAUCAACAAGGCUUCUCCCCCUUCUUCUUUAGUCCCACAGGUGCCACGUGCAUGCUCGCUGGCGCCGUAUGUUCACUGAAGCUCGACGUGGGAGGCCGUUGUUAGUUUUCGCCCGCGUGUGUUGUUUAGAUUACAGUGGUUCUCAAAACUAGGGAACCCGGACCCCUGUGGGUCAUUGGGCCGUAACGUGGUGGUCGGCAAAGAAUUUUGGAAUUGUAAACCAAUCAGGGGACGAAAAAAAUGCUGACAUCUUUGAGAGCUACCUUGCUGUGUCUGUUUGGAUGAAUUUGAGUCCUGAUUGCUAAUAUAGUUCAAGUUGCUGUACAUGGGCCAGAACUGAUUCUGAAGGACCUGGGCAGAUUUAAUUGACAUGGCAACACAUAGAGGCAGACAUGUAAUUUGUAGAGAUGCACAGUAUUUUUUUCCAAGCCGAUACCGAUACCUUCCUGCUUCUCAAGACCAAGACGAUAACCAAUAACUUAUUCGUGUUUUUUUAUUUAGAGUUAAAUUUAGUUUGUGCACACCUGGAGGAAAGAAAUACUCAAAGAUUUGUCCUAACCAAGUAUGACAUCACUAUUAAAACUAAUUUGAAAAACACAUCUGUUUCUAGUAUUGCAGAUUUAUGCAUCUUUUUUCAAGAAACUACUUUGUUUUCAGUGGCUUAUCAGAAGUAAACUUCAGCCAUAGUUAAGUGCAAAAUGAAACGGAGGCAGAUGUGCUAACCAGUCGUACACCGUUCCGCCCAAAUAAUUAUCUGUCCGAUAAUUAUCAUGCAUCCCUACUAAUUGGACAAAAAUCUUUACAUCCACAUACACGGACGGGAAGCAGUGGAGCCAACAGAAAUGCUACGAAAUGAGUGAGAAUUGGCUGUUGGGGAAAAAGUGAACACAAUUUUAUGAAAUAAAUAUCAGAAUUUAGGUUUCAAAUGUACAUACCUGUACAUCAGAGCUUCUGAUAUUUCUUUAGACAAGCGGAGAAUUUCUUUCUGACCCCUUAAUAUUGAGUGCCAAUUAAAAAAUUGCAUACCUACUGUACAUAUGUCGGGGACCACUGCGGCAAUAAAACAAACCUUAGAUUUGGGCCAUUUUAAAUCUGUGCUAUGAUUGUGACAUAUCGCGAACCGUAAAUCUGACAUCCCUGCAUGCGUGCUACAUUUCCAGCUCUCACACUCUUGUACAGGUCAAGCAAAGGCAACCUCGGCGAGUGUUUACGGCUUGGAAGUACAUUCCUCUGGUGUAACCUUGACAAUAUCGUUGUUAAAUCACUGCUUGGAGCACCUCAACUCACUUCAAUAUUGUUCCUUGGUACAAAGAUACCACGAGAUGGUGUCAAAGCACUACUUUGGUCUCAAUGAAGCGCCUCAACUCACAUCAGCAUUGUUCCUAGCAACAAGAAAUGUCUAAAUGAAGCUCUUCAAUCACUUCAACAUAGUUUCUUGGCACCAACAUGCCACAAGAUCGCCACAAAGCCCGACUUUUGUACAAAGAAACUCCUCAACUCACUUCACCAUAGUUCUGUGGCACCAAAAUACCAAGAAAUGGCAGUAAAGCACUACCUUUGUCUGAAUGAAGCUCCUCAACUCACUUAAGCAUAGUUCCUUGUCUUCAGUAUGGUAAGAGAUAAUUCUAUUAUAGCUGUGACAUUAAAUUUGGUGAAUUAAUUUCUAUUAAACAGGUCAUACAUUUUUAAAUUCCAUCCAUCCAUCCAUUUUCUGAGCCGCUUCUCCUCACUCGGGUCGAGGGCAUGCUGGAGCCUAUCCCAGCUAUCAUCGGUACACCCUGAACUGGUUGCCAGCCAAUCGCAGGGCACAUAUGAACAAGCAACCAUUCGCACUCACAUUUACACCUACAGGCAAUUUAGAGUCGUCAAUUAACCUAGCAUGCAUGUUUUUGGGAUGUGGGAGGAAACCGGAGUGCCCGGAGAAAACCCCCGCAGGCACGGGAAGAACAUGCAAAGUCCGCACAGGCGGGGCCGGGGAUUGAACCCGGGUCCUCAGAACUGUGAGGCAGAUACUCUAACCAGUCGUCCACCGUGCCGCCAUUUUUAAAUUGAAAGGUAAAAAAAAAAAGAGAGGAAUAAUCCCAUGGCAUGCAGUUUAAUUGGUGUUGGAUUAUGAGGAGCUCCUUGGAAAAAGUUAUUCCCUGUCAGGGGUCCCUGGACCCAAAAACUUUGAGAACCCUUGGUUUAGAAGCAGGCGUCCCUUUUCGUGUAAAGUUUGUGCUCGUUCCAACUCGGGAGGGGUCGGGGGCGGGGAGUUGCGAUCGGUGCUUUGGUACAUCUGUGGAAGAUACAGUGGAGUUAGCGAGGUGUCCGAGGCGCAGGCCUGACAUUGUGUUUUUUCUUGAGUACACCCCCUCCCCACCCCUGUGAUUACGCUCGCUGGCUCGCAUCUCGACAGGUGGCGCUGUUCCCUCCCCUCCCACGCCCGCCCCCCGCUCACCGAGAGAAGGAACGUUGUUUUCUUGUGGGUCCAAAAUGUGACGUGUGCGCUGCUAGCCGAGCUAGCAUACCGAUGUGAUUCUUAUAGUGUAUACUGUUUUGUGGGUGCAAAUGUACAUAAAUAGAAAAUCAAGACUUCUGUACAGUGAACCCUCGCUAUUCACGAGGGUUAGGGACCAAGACCUGCCACCAUGAGCACAAAUUUGUUUGUAAUAGAUGCUCCCCCCAAAAUAAUGUUCAUGAUUGCCUUUAUUAAUAGUUUAAACACUUAACAUAACCAAAAGUAGGAUCCCAAAACACAUCAUUUCAAACUACUUACUUCCAACUCACUUCAAUAGUACCAAGAUGCCACAAGAUGGCAGAAAAGCACUAUUUUUGUUCAAUUAAGCUUCUCAAUUCACUUUAACAUAGUUCCUUGGCACAAAGAUUGCAGCAAAAUGUACUACUUUCUGUCUAAAUGAAGUGCCUCAACUCACGUUAACAUACUUCCUUGAAAACAAGAUGCCACGCGAUGACGGCAAAGCACUACAUUUAUCGAGUGAAGUUCCUCAACUCACUUUAACUCACAACUCACGUUCCUUGGCACCAAGAUGCAGUCAAAGCACUACUUUUGCCUAAAUGAAGCGCCUUGACUCACUUCAACAUAGUUCAUUGCACCAAGAUGCCAUAAGAUGGUGGCAGAGCAAUACCUUUGCCUAACAAAGCUGCUCAACUCACUUCGGCAUAAUUCCAUGGCACCAUUAUGCAAAAAGAUGAUGGCAUACCGCUACGUUUGUCUAAUGAAGCGCCUCAACUCACUUCAACAUAGUUCCUUGGCACCAAGAUGGCAGCAAAGCACUUCUUUUGUCUAAAUCAAACACCUCUACUCACUUUAACAUAGUUCCUCAAAAUCAGGAUGCCUCAAGAUGGUGGUGGCAAAGUACUACUUUUGCGUGAUGAAUUUCCUGAACUCACAUCAGAUCCCGCAAGAUGGCGGCAAAGCUAUACUUUUGUCGGAAUCAAGCACCUCAACUUGCGCGAAUCGGCAGGGGUUCACUGUACACAGUUUUGUAGGUGCAAAUGUACAAAAAGAGAAAUUCGGAUUGUUCUGCUUACUAAAUAGAUGUUCAAGCUUGUGGGCUUGACUGCUUUUUGACUCUUUGGAAGGGUCCCGCUGGCCUGUUUUCAAACCAGUCUCGACCGGUAUUGAAGCCUCUCUGUGCAUGGGAGACUUUAAUUGGUAAAUCAUGUAAAGCGGCUCCACGCCGGUUCACGCCGCUGUGGCCGCGUUUAUUUCCAUUCGUCUGGAGGAGAAUACGGUUGAGUAGCUUAUUAUGUUAUAUCCGGCUGUGCUCGUCACAAAGUACUGGCCUAUAUUCCUUAUAACAAUGUAUAAAUAUGUAUUUUUCAUAUCAUAAAUCUCUAUAUAAAAUCUAGAUAUCCGUGCGGACGCGCACAAGCUGUUAUAAUAAAAAUAGUAUUACCGAAUACACUAUUAAUUCUAUAUCUAUGUAUCAGUUUUUGUUUUGUUUGUUGAAGAUGGUUUAAACAGGCCAGAGCUGAUUCCUUUUGGUGCAGCGUGAGUCCUUCUUGAGUGCAAUAUUACAUUUUAAGGGUUUACAGGAGUCCCGGGUGACUUAUUUAGCACAGUUUGUUUACAUUGCGGCAAGCAACUUUGAACUCACAUAAAUAUCGUUGUCAAGCCGGCGGAAAUGACGCAAAUAUGACUUUUCAUGUUGUGUUCUUUGUGGGUUUAUAUUCUUAGCUGAAGAAAAACAAGCAUGUAACCAGUACCAUUACAUGUAUUAAAAAAUAUAUAAUAACCCUUUGUGUCGUGCCAAACUCAAAUAUUACCUCCAUGUUGUAUUGCAAGGUGUUUUAUUUGUUUAUUCUAUGCCUCUACAUUACCUGUAUGUGUAUGUUGCCAAAUGGUUAUUUAAACUGGAGCUGCUCUUUGUGUGUUAUAAUAAAGCGUGUGCGUGUGUGAUUGCAUGGGUCACUACUAGCAUCAGAGCAUAUCAUUAAAAAAAAAAAAAAAAGUGCCCGCCAACAAAAUAUCCUCGUAUUUACGCCCAUGUAAUCUGAAUGUAAACCCUUUACACAUGGAAAGAAAACACGUGUGUGUAAUGUGAUGCAGUUGGAAUGAAGCAACUUUUAUUUGUGCACUUUGCAUUAGUUCCAUGUUCAAACAGGGUAUUUUUAUUCAUGUACCUUGAAGUCACGAGCCAUACAAGUAUUCCGCUGUUGAUAUUUGAUGUGUUAACGCUCAAAAGAAACUCGCAGUCUGUAAUAAAGUUUGGUGAUUUG